AUGUUUGAACGACAGUUUUUCUAUAUACGGGCACACGAUCGCAAAGCGCCUGUGGCAGUUGAUGGUGCUGGCAGGGAAAAUGGCGGUGCUGCUGCUGCUGCCACUGCAACUCAUCAGUCAUACUGGCACGGAUUCGCAGUUGUCGCACCAGAACGGUACCUCACUAGAAUGCGCGAUCGGUGGGGAAGAGGAGGGUCAGUUGGCACUGAUGGCGAUCGGCCACUUAGUUCGAUGGCGAUGUCUUCCUGUGGUGGGGCCCAGUGUCCGAUAUGGCGAACGGAACAGGAAUGUGGUGCCGUAAUGAGUUCAUGUGAAAGGAAUCCCGAUCGGGUGUAG